AUGGCAGCUGCAAUGGUGCACUUUCUGGCGCCCACCCGACAACUGGGCAGAGAACCGGUUGCUAAAAGUUUUGAAUCCCACCCCUGCCUUUUCCUUAAACGGGUGUCUGCUUUCUUGCCCCUCCUGCUCUUUCAGCCGGUGUGUAAAGUGACCCAAAGGCAGCUGAACAUCACGGUGAAGAAGAAGGAGAGCCACUGGUGGGAGAGGCUGACCAAGCAGGAGAAGCGUCCGCUGUUUCUCGCUCCAGAUUUUGACCGAUGGCUGGACGAAUCGGAUGCCGAGUUGGAACUGAAGGCCAAGGAAGAAGAACGGAUAAACAAAAUCAGUAUCAAGAACAGAACCCCCAAAGAUCCUUUCCGACACUUGAAGAGAGGCUAUUUGUUCAUGUACAACCUCGUGCAGUUCCUGGGCUUUUCCUGGAUCUUUGUGAACAUGACUGUCCGGCUAUUCAUCCUGGGGAAAGACUCUUUCUCAGAUACUUUCCACAUGAGUGGGGACAUGAUGUACUUCUGCCAGAUGUUUGCCUUGAUGGAGAUUGUCAAUGCCUUGAUAGGCCUCGUCAAAGCUCCUUUAGCUCCUGUUUGUAUCCAGAUCUUUGGGAGGAAUUUUAUAUUGUUUGUAGUUCUUGGAAGCGUGGAAGAAAUGCAGAGCAAAGCAGUCGUCUUCUUCAUCUUCUACAUCUGGAGCACGGUUGAGAUCAUCAGGUAUCCCUUCUAUUUGCUUUCCAGCAUUGAUGUAGAAUGGAAAAUUCUUACUUGGCUUCGAUACACCAUAUGGAUGCCUCUCUAUCCACUGGGAAUGUUGGCAGAAGCUGUAGCCGUGAUCCAGGCCAUUCCUAUCUUCAACAGCACUGGAAAAUUCAGCUUCACCAUCAAUUAUCCACUGACCAUCACCGUUCCGUUUUCUGUCUUUCUGCAGCUCCAUCUCAUCUUCUUGUUCUUAGCACCGUUUAUCCUUUUCCGUCACCUCUACAAGCAACGGCAGCGGCGCCUUGGACCCAAAAAGAGGAAAAUGCACUAAUUGGAGUCUCUUUUUUUUCCUAAUCUUCCUCAAAGAUGGGCGCAGGGGGUGGGUGGGCUUCCAAACCCUUUUCCUUGCCCCAUUAACCCGAAAACUGAUUUUGUAGUCGUGAUGACACACGUCUUCCUUGCCUGAGACCAGAAAGUAGAGCCGUCCAGCUAACAUUUUCCUUUGCACCUCACUCCCUUCUCGGGGAAGCUAAACAGGGGAUCCAUGCUAAAAACCUCUUUCCUAUGAAAUAGAUCUGGAGCCUUGAGUGAAAAGGGGGAAAAAAGCAUAAAAACUCUGCUGCCCGAGAGAUGCAGAAAAGGGUUUCCCAAACACCAACCUGACAAGGAUCUAAACAACCUAGAAACAUAGUUAAGACUGAGCCGUGAGUAACUUUCCUGUGGCUUUAAAGGAGCGAGUGGUUUGUUAGGAUCAAUUUUACUUUUUUCCUCACCCCGACAGUAAAAAUGACUAAAUCUGGAGAGGGCAAAUUCAUUGCCUACUUCUUCCUAGUGGCGUUCUUGUAUUGGAUUCUUUAUCGUCUGUAAACUUCCUGACCUACAAGUAAUAAAAACUCAAAUCAGAUUUAAAAUAAGAGCAGGCCUCUGCAGGAAAACCCCAGGGAGCAGAGGCUUCCUGGUAGUAAAGAACAGAGCUGGUUCAAAUCCUCGAAGGCUUGAAAAUGCUGGUUUCUGGUUAAAGAACACUGACGGUGUCAACUUUCCAACAAGCUGAAUCUACAGUGCUAGAUUCGAGGAAAGGUGCCAUUCGGACAUUAAGGGAAGGAAAGAUGGAGAAACUGCAUCUGUUUGGGUGUGAGUCACUCACAGCAAUCGGAAGGCAAACUUUGCAUUCUCGAGGCUGUGUGGAGUUUUUUUUUUGGUUUCUCCAAUUGGGCAAAUGGGUUUUGGACCAAGGCUGCUGUCUUGAUGCUAAUUUUCCUUCUGAGCAGCGAGAGCAUUUGGUGGUGGCAUUUAACAUUUUUCACCCCUCUUAAAUUUUCAGCAGGGUUCCCCCCUCCCCGGUGGUAUCCCGCAAAGAGGGCUAUUAACGUAUUCAGGGGUGGGGAGUUAGUUUAACAAUUUACAGUGCAGGCACUUUGUUAUGGACAAGGCAAAUCAAAGGCAUAUUUCUAAUAAUAAAUCCUUCUAAAAACA